CCAGGCGGGCCAGAGCAGCAGCCCAGCCCCAGCCCACUGAACUCAGGCAAUUCUUGAUCUACUGUCACUUGGCUGCCCUCCAUGCCCCUCCAGUCCCAGGGGAGAUGCUCCGCAGACCCAGGCGCCUUCUGGGAAGGAAGGCAGGAGCAGGAGUGCCCCACCCAGGGUCCCAGGGGAGAGACCAGGCUGGCAGCUGGGGUGGUGGGCGGUUGAGCGAUGGAUACAACCACAGCAGGGCAGUUGGCCAACGGCCCUUUGGGAGAAAGCCAUGGGCCUUGGAGAGAAGGUCCAGGGAGAGGACAGGGUCACUUGGGCCAGAAAGCACUGGGACAGCCACUGCCAGCAAGAAGGACCAGGGGCGCCUGCUGACUCUCCUCCAGGGGGCUCAAGCCUACAGGUCUUUUGAUUCUGAGGGUGAAUGAGGCCCGGGACAGGCCAGGGGGGCUGUGAGCGCCACAGGGGGCAGAGCCCCAGCCCCAAGCCGUGCUGGCCCCUGCUGCUGCUGGGCUUGGCUGUGGGCGCCCAUGGCCAGCUGCCCCCAACGACAGCAGCACCACCGAGCAGGGCCCCAGGACCUGGAGCCCCAGCAGGAAGCAGUCCUCGGAGCCUAUGGGACAGGUUCCUGUUCUGGCCUGGCCCCCAUGGGGCAGGCCCAAGGUGCUGGCCCGAUGGGUUUUGGUCCGAAACUCGGUCACCCUGGUUUGUUUUCAGUGAAGGAACCCAGCUCACUGUCCUAGGUCAGCCCAAGUCCGCACCCUCGGUCACGCUCUUCUUGCCUUUCUCUGAGGAGCUCAGAGCCAAGUCCACCCUGGUGUGCCUCAUCAGUGACUUCCACCCCAGCACCUUGGUGGUGACCUGGAAGGUAGAUGGCACCCCCAUCACCCAGGGCGUGGAGACCACUAAACCUUUCAAACAGAGCAACAACAAGUAUUUGGCCAGCAGUUACCUGAGUCUGUCACCUGAUAAGUGGAAAUCUCACCGCAGUUUCACCUGCCAGGUCAUGCACGAGGGGAGCACCGUGGAGAAGACUGUGGUCCCCGCAGAGUGCCCUUAGGUGCCCAAGAACCCCACUCAUCCAAGAGGGUGUGCAGCAGAUGGACCUCCAGGAAGGUCUCUCCUCCCACCAGGAUCAUCCAAGCCCUUUCCCCUGUACCCAAUCAAUGCUCAAUAAAAAGUCCUUUAUUCAGUCAGAAA